UACUCUACAGUUCUACAAUGCUCUACAGUAGCCUUUCUAUAGAAUCAUUUUUCAUUUCAGCUCAUUUCUUAACUUUUCGUUUGACUUUUUAGUGGUUAGUUGUAUUUAGCCUGUCUGUGAGCAUAUGUUACCAUCAUCAAAAUGGUUUUAUUGGAGAAUGACACGUUCUUAACGGAGCUAACCAAACUUUUUGACAAGUCGCGACUUUCUGGUUCAGUAGCACUCACUAUCAAAAGAUUUAAUGGAUAUAAUAAACCAGUGCCCAGAAAAGGUAGGCCUUCUUUACCAACUCCAACAGAAUAUCUUUGUCUGGUUCGAGCGUCCCUGCGCUCCAAGAAAAUUUCUACUAUUAUUCAUUCCAAAGAUGUAAACAAAUUUCAACAGGCGUACUGGAAUCUCUUGAAAACAAACAUAAAUGGAUUGAAAAAAUUGAAGAAGACAAAAUCGGCGAAGCCGAAAGUUCACUGACUUAACAAGGUUGAUGUAUCAUCGUCUUACGCUAACUCUGUAUAGCAUUUAUUUGCUUCUUUAUUAUUAAGAUCUUUGUACUGUAUUUGUGAUGUAUUUAUCGAUGCUUAUUUACUAUGUAAGCUGAUGUGAAAGACAUGUUUCGUGCAGCAUUUUACACUUGUAUAGACUGAUGUACAAAAAGUUAAUAGUGUUAUAAAAAUAUACAUGCAUAUACUGCAA